GAGAGCUCAGCUCAGUGCAGUGGGAGGACUCCAGUGCCGUGACAGCAGCAGUGAGGACACACUCAGAUUAUUCACCAGGGUGAAGUUCUCCUCCCCGGUCUCAGCCUGCUGCAGCCCCACGCUGCCGCCUCUCCCUGCUCUAUCUGGAGCCAGGGAUGUGAUGGGGUUUGGAUCUGAGCCCAGCCCAGUAGAGGUUUCCUACAGCUGGGCGUCGGGCUGAUGAUGGAGCGCCGCUGACCGCAAGGAACUUGUCUGUGUCCUCCCAGAGGCUUGGUGGGGAAUAACUCAGCCACUGGAUCAGCAGGAGAUUAAAGCCGCCUCCCUGCACUGCUACUUCCUGCCCCUCUGCUGCAGGGCUGAAGUGUGGGCAGACUGAGUGUCCAGCUCCGGGUGUCGGAGCAGCUGUAUGGUGCUCCUGGGCUUCAGUCUGCAUUCCCACUUAUUGGAGCUGACUGGUCCCAUCGCUUCCGGGUACACACCAUGAGCUUUUCAUGUCUACCGUGAAAGUGCCAGCCUCCCUGUGACAUGGAAAAGUCCAGACUCUACAGACUCUUCUGCUACUUCAUUCUCAAUUCCCCCUUGGUGAUAUAUGCAGAUGCCGCGUUCACUGAAGUCCCGAAGGAUACGAGUGUUGGGGAAGGAGAGAAUGUGGAGAUGCCCUGUGCCUUCAAAGCCCUCAGCUCUGCUCCCAUGUCUUUGGAAAUUCAGUGGUGGUACAUCAAGCUGAACGGCCCCAAAGAAGGACCUGAUGAGCUGCAGAACAGGGCCAAGGGCAGCUUAAGAGAAGCUACAAAAAUAAGUACUGUGCGUGUUCAGGGGAACGCCAUCUCCCACCGCCUUAGCCUGUCUAAAGUGAAGAAGGAGGACGGGGGGGUGUAUGAGUGCCGUGUGUCUGAUCUGUGGGCUGAAGAGGAUCAGGACUUUACAGUUCAUGCUACACUGACCAUCACUGCGGGAGGCGGCAUGGUGGCAGAGGAGGCUGUGUCACACAUUCAGAACCGCUGGUCGCUAAGGAAUGCCAACACAGCUCUGGGAGGGGGCCAACUGGGAGGAGGCACUUCCAAACCCAGCCAACUACUGACAGGAGGAUCCAGGGAAGGGCAGGAGAAACAGCGGGUUCCUCAGCUGGCCCAGUCUGACCUCCUGCCCUCUAUGUCAUCCACCACUACUACCUCAGUGGCCAAGUCCGCCGCCUCGCAGCUGCCGGGGAGCGCAGCAGUCCUCUGGCACAGAGCUGCCUGCAGCAUGAUGAGCACAAUGGACCCUCUCUGCUUCAUUACUCUUCUUUUCUUGCAUAAAUUCAUAUUUAUACUGUUGGGCCAUUGAAGAAACUCUAUAGAAUGCAGUUGGGCUUGCAGGUUUUCACUUUUAAAACCAAACUGAAACCAAGCAAAAAUCCAGCUGUGGGAGCCAUGCAGCUCACAGAUGAGAGACAGAUCUGCCAUGGACGUGUAGCAGCAGGACCAGUGACUGUUAAGAAUGUGGACAAGAGAAACUAGCUUAGAGAAUAUAAGAGAGCAUCAGUACUGUUCCCCAAGAAGCCAGAGCAGCAGAAUGGAUGAGUUCUGCUUCACACUUUCUCAUGUUUUUGUCAGCCUCUCCACUGUGUGACCAUCAGAGGACUGAAAGCCAGCUCUUCAUCUGUAAGGGGAUGCUCACUUUCGUUGUUUCAGGGACAAGAGACUUCCAACAUUCUUUGUUCUUAUUGUCUUUAAAGACAGAAGUUUAAUUAGCAUGGCAUAUCAUUUCCGAUGUCUAUUUCUCCGCAGCUUCAUCACACCUCCUACUGUUCAAAAUAUGUUUCAGUUUAACGUCCACCCAUUUCUCCACAAAUACAUUUGCACUAGUCUUCCCAUUAUUCUGUUCCAUUAUGAAAACAAAUUUGUGAUAAUAUAUUUUCAGCAAAAUGCACCUUAGUAUUGUUAUUAUCAAAUACUUCCUACAAUGUCUAUUUUUAUUGAAUUUAUGGUGAUCAGUGACACAUUUCAUCUCUUUGACACAUAGAUCUAUUGACAACUUGCACCAGCUAUUUAGAUGAAGGUUAAUAUAAUAAAAGAUUACAAACA